GAAAAAACUCGGAGGCUGCUGGUUUGUGGAACAAAAAGCUCCUUCUUGAUUGAGUGACUUCACUUUCCUGCUCCCUCUGUCUGUGAGCUGAAGGGGCUGAGCUGUACACUCCUUUUUCUAUAUCCAGCCUGCAUUUUGUUUUUGCUCACAAUGUGCGAGGAAUCAGUGAAUGGUAGCGAUUUAGACUCCCCUGAAGAUUGUUUCACAUCAGUCAAUACGACAUAUUACGACUCACUUGAUCCCGAAAACCUGCUGUGCUCCUUGCAGGAGGUCAGGGAGUUCUCCAGGCUGUUUGUACCCAUCGCCUACUCCUUGAUCUGUGUCUUUGGCCUCCUGGGGAAUAUUCUGGUGGUGCUCACCUUUGCUUUUUAUAAGAAGGCUAGGUCUAUGACAGAUGUCUAUCUCUUGAACAUGGCCAUUGCAGACAUUCUCUUUGUUCUUACCCUCCCAUUCUGGGCAGUGAAUCACGCCACCGGUGCGUGGGUUUUCAGCAAUGCCAUGUGUAAGUUGAUGAAAGGCAUCUAUGCCGUCAACUUCAACUGCGGGAUGCUGCUCCUGACAUGCAUUAGCGUGGACCGGUACAUGGCCAUUGUACAGGCAACUAAGUCGUUCCGACUCCGAUCCAGAACGCUACCUCGCAGCAAAGUCAUCUGCCUUGCUGUGUGGGGAGUGUCGAUCAUCAUCUCCAGCUCAGCUUUUAUCUUCAACCAGAAAUACAACAUCCAAGGCAGCGACGUCUGUGAGCCCAACUACCAGCCUGUCUCGGAGCCCGUCAGGUGGAAGCUGCUGAUGUUGGGGCUUGAGCUCCUCUUCGGUUUCUUUAUCCCUUUGGUGUUCAUGAUAUUUUGUUACAUGUUCAUUGUCAAAACGUUGGUGCAAGCGCAGAAUUCUAAAAGACACAAAGCCAUCCGUGUGAUCAUAGCCGUGGUGCUUGUGUUUCUGGCUUGUCAGAUUCCUCAUAACAUGGUCCUGCUUGUGACGGCUGCAAAUUUGGGUAAAAUGAACCGAUCCUGCCAGCAUGAAAAGCGAAUGGGCUAUACGAAAACCGUCACGGAAGUCCUGGCUUUCCUGCACUGCUGCCUGAACCCUGUGCUCUAUGCUUUCAUUGGGCAGAAGUUCAGAAAUUACUUUCUGAAGAUCAUGAAGGACCUGUGGUGUGCGAGAAGGAAGCACAAGUCCCCAGGCUUCCCCUGUGCCGGCAGGUACUCAGAAACCUUCGUCUCCCGGCAGACCAGCGAGACUGCAGAUAACGAGAACGCGUCCUCCUUCACGAUGUGACGUGCUGCGCGACAGAAAGCCGAGUCUCCCUAAGGCAUUUGGGAAACAUACUCAUAGAUAUUAUGCAAAAAAAAAAAAAAAAAGUCUGUGGCCAAAUACACAUGGAAAAUGUGGGAAUUAAGCAAAAUCAGGCAAGCGUCUCUCCUGCGGGACUGAACGUGCUCGUGGGCUGUGUGGUCGCUUCAGGGUGGGGGUGGUUUCUGACUGGCAGCAUUUUUCAGCACACUUUACAAGGAAUGUUCUGUAGCCCUGGAGUGUAUAUAGGCCUGGCGUGUCACUAAACAGCCUUUGGGAAAUGCUGAAUUAAAGUGAAUUGCUGACCAAUGUAAAAA